AUGGCGUCGGAGGAAAGCUCGCAGCCUGACCAGCCCGUCAAGUCGAUCGAGGGCGACGCCCUCACCGACGAAAAAUGGAAGGGCAUGACGGAGGUCCUGACCGCAAUCUACGACUACAGAGAGCCAGAUGGUUACGACCCGUCGCGACUGUUCCAACGCAGCGUGAACAAGCGCAUCGUCCCCGAUUACUACGACAUCAUCAAGGAGCCGAUGGCCUUGAGUAUACUGAAACAAAAAAUCAACAAACGUGAAUACAAGCAAUUUGGGGACUUUGUGCGCGACUGUGCUUUGAUCCCACAUAAUGCCCAAACAUACAAUCGUCCCAAGUCUCAAGCAUAUGAGGAUUCAAUCAUCAUCAAAGAUGUCUUCGUUGCGGAAUUCAAGAAGCUGGUGGACCAUGGAGUGAUCUCUACGGAGGAGGCUGAGCUGCCCGAUCUGGGAGAAAUACCAGAGCCGGACCCGCUCCCCGAAGAAGAGGAGGAAGAGGAAGAGGAGGAGGAAGAUGACGAGGAGGACUCGGACGAGGAGGGCCGGCGGAGGAAGAAACCCGGGCCGAAACCAGGCUCCAAGCGUGGAGUGAAAGACCCCAACCAGAAAUCUGCCCAUGAACCCAAGAAACGAGGACGCCCUCCGCGCGUGGAUACUCCCAUGGAGACCAGGAUCAAGACCAUCUUGAAGGGCAUCCGGAAAUUCAAAGGGUCUGGUGGUUACUUGAAAAUCGGCCACUUUGAACGCCUCCCCGACAAGGCCGCCUACCCGGACUAUUACAUCGAGAUCAAGGAGCCGAUUGCCAUCGAUAUCAUCAAGCGCAAGUCGAAGCGCAAGAAGUACCACUCGGUCGAUCACUUCAUGCGCGAUCUGGAUCUCAUGUUCGAAAAUGCCAAGCUGUACAACCAGUCGGACAGCCAGAUCUACAAGGAUGCGGUCGAUCUUCAGAACGAGUCGCGCAAGUUGGCCGAGCAAGAGAAGAAGAAGCCUGACAGCGAUUUCCUCAUGGAGGAUGGUCGCUUCCCACUGCCGGAUGGAAUUCUAUUCCGAGGCGAGUUGUGGAAGGUCGGAGACUGGGUGCACAUUCAAAAUUCAAACGACGUGACCAAGCCCAUUGUCGCGCAGAUCUACCGGACCUGGCAAGACUCGGAAGGGGAGAAGUGGAUCAAUGCUUGCUGGUAUUACCGUCCGGAGCAGACGGUGCAUCAGUUUGAAAAGCAUUUCUAUCCGAACGAAGUGGUCAAGACUGGUCAGUACCGCGACCACAGGAUCGAUGAGAUCGUGGACCGUUGCUUCGUCAUGUUUUUCACUCGGUACAGCCGGGGUCGCCCCAGGGAUCUUGCACCAGACAAGGAGAUCUACGUUUGCGAAGCUCGCUACAACGAGGAAAAGCACAAACUGAACAAAAUCAAGACCUGGGCCAGCUGUCUUCCCGACGAGGUGCGAGACAAGGACUAUGAGAUGGAUCUGUUUGAUAUGCCUCGGAAGAUCAAGAAGAUUCCUAGUCCGAUCAAGCACCUGCUUAAGGACGAUGCCAAGGAGACCGACGAUCUGCCUAAACCGACCUGGGGAGCGGACAACGCACCGCCUGUUGUGGGUGCUGUCCAUCGCCGGCCCCGGGAUGAAAAUGAGUCUCCGCCACCAGAGCCCACUCCAUCACCUCCACCGGUACCCCCGCCCACCAUGGCUCCGGCUGCGGCUCGCCAACCCACCAUGAGCCAAGGACUUGCACGGGCCAGUAUGAGCAGCCCAGGUGGUGCCGCACUCCCUGGGGUCCCUCCACUUCAAGCACGCUCUCCUGCGGCGCCAACCCAGACCUCUCCGGUACCCGGUCCCGCGGGAGCUUAUCCGCCGCAGAUGUACCAGAACCUCCAGCACCGUCCCAGCAACUUCGCUCAGCAGUCGCCUCACGUGGCCGCCGGUUACCAGGCAUCGCCUGCCUACGCGCAGCCAUCUGCUUACACCCCCUACCCAGCCAAUCGCCUGCAGCCCGCGGUGUACAACCCCAACGCGCCCCGUCCGGUUGAAGUCUUCAACCUCAGCGACGCCGCCAACGCGGCAAUCCCUCCCGAUAUCCGCGCGCAGUUUCACUGUGACGACAAAGGCCGCGUGCUCUUCUUCUCCACUCCUCCCUUGGACAUCGUCCCCCCGUCGCAGCAGAAAUUGAGCCAUUCCCUUAAGUACAUGGCUACGAAAGACGCGCGUCAGAAGCGAGUCGAGGAAAGAAAGCGCAAGAGGGCCGAAGAGAAAAAGGAACGAGAGGAAGCCACGAAGCGCUUGCGGGCUGAUGAGGAGACGGUCCUCGCCAGCCGCGUGGAAGCCCUUGCGCCCAAAGCAGUGGACGCGAUGGUGCAACAGAUCGUUGCUGGCACAGACGAGCUGUACAAGUUGCUCUACCUGGACCUGGCGGACAAGGUGCGGGCCGCCGAUGGCAAGAUCCGCGAGCACGGCAUUCUGGCUGAUCGCGUUGCGGCGGAGCAAAUCUCUCGGAUCCAGGCACAGUCCACACACGAAGGUCCUGCGGACCUCCAAGGCAGUGCAUUGUACCGGGACGAGAUCUAA